UUUGUGAGGUUGCAAGGUUGACAGCUGGGGAAACUGAUUGGACCGUUAUGCCACUUUUUCUGUGUGGGUGUGUCGAAAGGUCCUGAGUUACUGACUAACACACCAUUUAGUAUUUUUUUUUCCUGAGCCAGCACUUUAGAUCUGGCAUUGUUUUACUCCAUUUCUUACAGGACCAGUGUGCACUUUGACCCAAAAGGAUAUCCUGUGCCUUCUCAGCAGUUGGAGCGUGAGCGCUUUAAAGCCAACACAAAAAUAUCUUUACAGCUUUAUACACUUUUAUCGAGAUAAACAAAAAGAGAUUUAAGCAUUACAAAGCUUUCAAAAGACAGACUGGAAUCAUCAACUUACAAACUUGACAAUGAUGGAAGAAGUGAAAGAAGUGACAUCUACUCUGAGUGUAGAUCGUGAUAACAUCAAUGUCACAGAGGUGUUGAAAGAUGGGGACUCACUUACCUUCCUAAUUGUAUCUCAAAAGCUGUCUGGGACAGGGGAGUACCAUGUGGCUCGGGCCUAUGAUGAUUUUGAAUGGCUGCAGCAGCACCUGUUCUCUCAGGAGGAUGUGCCCGGGAUACAGGGAGUCAUAUUUCCUCCUCUUCCUGCAAAGGCUCAGGUGAAUGCAUCUGCCAAGGUUAUGAAACAGCUUGGCUUCCUUGGUUUAGGAGAGUGGCAGCCGUACUGUAAAGCAUUGGAAACCUUCCUCCGUCAGAUUGCUGCACACAGCAUACUCAGCAAAAACAAAGCUGUAGAGAUCUUUCUGACCAGCUCAGACCCUCCAGGCAGACAGAGAGUUAGGAAAAACAUUUUCAACCGGCUGAGUCAAGCAGUGGAAGAGAAGAGGAAAGAAGGCCAUAAGGAUGUGGAUGAGUUCUUUCAAACUGAACGUGAUCAUAACCUUGUUCUUACCGGCUGUGCCAAGACUGCAGCUGAGAGAUUCCUGGAUGUGGUGCAAACUGAGCAAAAAAUAGCAGUGGCCUGUGGCCACUUCUCAGCUGCUCUGCACCUCUGUGUGGAACCAGGGGAAGACGCUGACAAACAGGCUUUCUCUAAGGCUUGUGUGAAAUUAUCAGAAGUCUUUGAUUCUAUGAAGAAAAAUAUGACAAGUGUUGCUGAGAACAACGUGAGCACUCUUGGGCUAGGCCUGGACCUGGAGUCACGCUACCAGGAGGCAGAAAAGGAGAUGCUCUUCAGGAGAACCUGUAAACUAGUGGAGUUAGAGUCUGCCAGAAGGAAUGCAGAGAAAGCCAAGCCUGUAAAGAAGGCUGCUAUGGAGGAGGUGAAGAAAGCAGCGGAGACGGAGUUUGAUCACAUUUGUGGAGUGGCUAAACAGGAGAUUGCACGGUUCCAGGGUGCACGUGUGGAAAUGUUGCAGCAGACUCUGGUUCAGUGGUGUGAAAAGCAGCUGCUUACAGCCAAAGAAAGUGCUGAGCAGUUCAACCAGCACAUGCAAGCCUUAAGAGGGAUGGCCUAGUGACCCAUCUCUUAAUGAAGCAUCCUCAGUAUGUCUAAACAUAGCAUGGGAUAACCCAAACGUGUCCUUCACCCUGUUGUGCUGUAUUCUGAUGCUUGCUGAUGCUAGUGGAUUCGAUUACAUCCUGUGUAAAUAAAGAAAUGUAAGUGAAAGGGAAAUCUUCAUGAUAAUCAAACAGCAUCCAUAUAAUUUGUACACACAUUUACUUUGUCUCACUCUCUCCCCAAUCACACUCAUAUACCAAUAAAGCCCCUAUAGAAAU